GAAACUUCCUGUAAAUUACAUUGGCAGUUGUCAAGCUCCUUCUCAGUGGUUCUUCACUUGAGUCCAUACAUUCACACACGUAAAAAGACACACCGUAACAGCAAACAGGCAACAUCAACAAAUCUUUUUGCAGAAUGACCAGCCAGGUGAUCUCAGGUGACAACACUACAGUUGUCAUUCAAAUAAAUCCACUAAUUAAAGGUCAAGCAAGUGCUGAAGGACAAGAACAGAGCGGAAUUUAUGCACCCCUUCAAGGGUUUCUUAAAGUACAACCAAAGACACUAGGGACUGUGCAGAUUAUGAUUGGAGUGAUGACCCUGUUGACUGGUAUUGUGCUCGCCUUUCAUUUUGAAAAUUUCAUUUUAACUGUCGUCAGUGGCAUAAACUUCUGGGGAUCCUUGAUUUACAUCAUUGCUGGUUCUCUAUCUGUUGCUGCAGAAAAUAAACUCCAUUCCUGUCUGGUAAAAGCGUCACUUGGAAUGAAUGUGGUCAGUGCCAUAACCGCAGGUGCAGCUAUUAUUCUGAUGUCCAUACAAUUGCCAUUUGUGCGUUUGAGAUAUUAUUGCAGAGAUUAUUUUGACGAUUUACAUGAAGACCUACAUGUUUUAGGUCGUGGGAUCGUUGGAAUAUUGCUGGUGUUCUCCAUCCUUCAGUUCAUCCUCUCUAUCAACAUCUCGGGUUUUGCCUGCAAAGCCAUUUGUACAAAAACUUCAGUGAUCAAUGUUUCAUUGAACCAGAGGGUUUCAGAGAAAGAAACAUAUCCACUGAACAUCCCACAACCGCCAAGGAGAAAUUAGCAGAAUGGAAAAAAUACUUAAGAUCACAUUAAAUGGUCAAAUGGAGUCUAAGGCAUUUUCUUUAUGGCAUGUGAUUAAUUAAUAAAGUUAAAAGUGCUAA